AUGCGGCAGCACUUUCUUGCAUCUGCUCUGAUUUGGGGAGUGGCGUGGAGUCAGAACACCACCUCGUCACAUUGCUGUCGGGCACUUGAAGACGCGGGACUGCAGUCAGCCCUCAUAUAUCCCGAGGAUGUGAGCACUUUCGAGACAAGCGUAGGCAAAUACUUCUCGCAGGUCGCGCAAUUGUCGCCGCAAUGCUUCCUACAGCCUGGAAACACAGCAGAAGUGGCACAAGCAGUCACCGCAUUGGUCGCGGCCAACCAGACUCAACAUUGUCAAUUCGCCGUGCGGAGCGGGGGACACAUCAGCUGGCCUGGUGCUGCGGGCAUUGAGGAUGGCGUGACUAUCGACCUAGGAAGGAUGAAGGAGAUAUCGUACUCGAGUAAAGACAAUACAGUCUCAGUCGGGCCAGGCGCUGUGUGGGGCGAAGUGUACCAGGCUCUGGACAAGCUCAAUGUGAUGACCACCGGUGGUCGUGCAUCGUCAGUGGGCGUCAGUGGAUUAACAAUUGGAGGCGGCAAUUCAUUCUUCGCAGCUCAAUACGGCUUCGUCUGCGACAACGUUGCCAGUUUCGAAGUGGUCCUCGGAAACGGUACGACAGUGACUGCGAGCAAAGACGACAACCCAGACUUGUUCCAAGUCCUCAAAGGCGGCAAUCUCAACUUCGGAAUAGUGACGAAGGUUGUGCUCAACACAUUUCCAGGCGGUCCUUUCUUCGGCGGCAAUGUCAUCUAUCCGGCAGAUACUGCAGACCAACAGUUCAAAGCUCUUGUCAACUUUGGGAAUGGAAUCAACGAUGAUCGCCAUGCGUCCACGAUCGUCAUUGGAUAUCACGACUCGGAGAAGAACUCGACAGUCUUCUUGAAUGCUUACGAGUAUACGAAGCCUGUUCAGCGGCCUGAUGCAAAGAUCUUCAAGGAGUUUUUCUCCAUUCCUGGCAACAUAUCCGACACCACCGGUCUUCGCAACAUGACUUCUCUUGCUCACGAGUUUGAGGCUCCAAAGGACCGGCGUGUACAGUUCGCCACCCUGACUUUCAAGAGCGACAUUCGUGUGUUGCAGCGAGCGCACGAGUCCUUUUUGAAAGUCAUCGAUGAGCUCAACGGCCGCAUGAACGGGGGCUACUUCCAAGCUUGGACAUUAUACCAGCCAAUUCCCACCAUCUUCGCGAAGCAUGGCCUCGAGAAGGGCGGAAACGUUAUGGGUUUGGACCGGUACGACGACACCUUGAUCAUGUACGAAACGUACUUUAGGUGGAAAGAGACCGAGAACGAUCAGGUGAUCGAGGAGCAAUCCAAGUGGCUUCGCGACGACAUCCAGUCAUUCGCCGCGAGUGUGGGAGCUGACGUCGAUUGGUUAUAUCUGAACUACGCAGACAAGGACCAGAAAGCUCUCGAGGGUUACGGCGCGGAGAAUGUCGCCAAGAUCCGAGCGGCAGCACAGCUGUAUGAUCCGCAAGGUGUAUUCCAGAAUAUGGUGCCUGGAGGGUUCAAGAUCAGUCGGGUCGCUGAAACGACGCCGAAUGGGCAACCAGCAACAUCUGCUGCUUCGAGAAACCUUGGCUACACUGUUGGAGCUUUACGGUGGCUGGUCCAAGCAGGCUGUAUGCUUUCGAAACGACGCUGA